UCACCUUGCGAAUCCCGCUGUUCGUUCGCCGGCCGGACGCGGCUGCUGCUUUGCCGGCGAAGCGCAUCAGUCGGUCGCGAACCCCGGCGCCGUCGAGUUGUGUGUUUGCGUCGUCGGUUGCCUGCGGUCCCUUGCGUGCGUGAAUCCGCCUCGACGCGUAGCUCUCGUAAUCGGUUGCGCGGCCACUGUGGAUUUUUCGUAUUUUGUCCGCGCCCUGGGUCCUCCUGCCCGUCGGAAUCCCGUGCACAGUGGCGACGGCAUGUUGCCCGUGACUGCGGCGUUCGCUCGUCGCCGUCGGAGGCGCCCGGACGGUGUGCUCGUGCUGCUCUGCGUCGUGCCGCCGCUGUCUGCUGUCGGAUGCCGUGCGACCAUCUUCGAACAACGCCACUACUGCGGUCCGAUGGAUUUCCGAGCGCGUGCACCGAGGAACUCUACCGACGCCGUCACGUUGUGUUAACGGCGCACGGUAGUAGUAGCUAGCUUUUUUUAGGAGUGUUCCCAUUUGCGCCGGGCCCCGCAUAUCGGAGAAGGAGCUUGCGCCGCGCAAUGACGACGACAAUGGUGGAUGCGACGACUUUGCUGACGGUGCCGACUUGUCGGUGUCUGCGCGAAUCGACCACGACGUCGACGACGCUAGCGUCGACGACUACGACGGCCUCCACCGGUGACGGCGCCGCGACGUCGUCUUCGCGGCGUACCACCGUUUGCGCCUGCCGGUGUUGCUGCUGCGAAUCGCCGGACUGCUGUUGCUGUUCCAGCUUCAUGGUGCUCGAACCGACGCGGCAAAUCGGCGCUGGUUCCUCCUCCUCCUCCUCCUCUUCGUCUCCUUCGCCGGCGUCCAGCUGCGGAGCGGGCGGUCCCUGGUGGCCCAAGGGCCUGCUGCAGGUUGACUCUCGGAGGCUGGCCACCUGCCCACCCGGCUGGCUCCUGUUCAUCGUGCUCGCCGCUGCGCUCCUCCGGAUAGCAGAUGGUUGUUCAUCACGGUCGACGCCCAAGCCACGGCCUCCGCAGUCAACGGUGCGGCCUAACAUUACAUUCCAGACAUACACAUGCCCUGAGACGUAUGCCAAGUGGUACUGCCUCAAUGGAGCCACCUGCUUCUCCAUCAAGAUUGGAGAGUCCAUCCUCUACAAUUGCGAAUGUGCGGAUGGAUAUAUGGGGCAACGAUGCGAGUUCAAGGACCUCGACGGAACCUAUUUGCCCACAAGGCAGCGAGUGCUGAUCGAGACGGCAAGCAUCGCAGGUGGCGUCACGGUGGCAGUCAUACUUGUCUUUAUAGUCUGCGUCACGGUGUACUUGUACUAUCGGUAAGUGAGCAACAAGACAUACUUUGACGUUCCAGAUGAGCCGAAGCUCUUCUUCUGCGACAGGAAAGACAACCGCUCCACAGCCACAGCUCGUCCUUAGACAGAGUGACCUCGAGCAAGGCAGGGGAACACACAUGUGCGAAGAUGGCCAGCGUUCCAGCAGCUAGGAGUGCAGUGGCAUCCACUCUUCUAGUUGCAGGCUACUGCUGCCAGUGUCGUAGUGCAGCGCUCACCGCAUUCUGCCAGUCGUCCAUCCUGUUCCACAGAGGGUGUGAUGACAUAUGCUGGACCUUCUCCUGCCUAACGCCUGCCCUCACCCCUUCCUCAUCUUCGAGACAAGGACAUUGUUGCUCUGCUAUGUUUAUUUAAGCUUCAAAAGACGUCUGGACUGUGCUAGCUGCCCCAGCAGCGGAAAAGGGAAAGCGUGGUGUGUUGUUUGGCAGGGCUUUGUGUGUUUGUGUGUGUGGAACUGCAGGAACUUCCCUCGUGCUUUUUUUUUUUUUUUUGCGCACACGCCUGUUUUAAUUAAUCCCCAUUGUGUGACUGUCACUGCAGUGCAUUCAGCAGCCUCCUUGCCUUCCGCCUUCUCGCCCGCUACCCCACCUGCCUGGCUGCUUGCUACAUCCCGAUGACUGAUAUUGUUGUCGUAAAGUGCUUGUUGUAGGUUUCCAAAGACACUGCUGUUCAUUCUCGUUCCAUCAUGUAUACAUGGCAUUUUGACAACAUUCCCGGGGCUGCCACUGCUGUGGAGGAAAGCCAACUUCACUGGAUUUGACCGGGCGUGACAUACUUUGUUUUGCAUCUUUCAUUCUUUUUUCUGCUUUCCUUUCACCCCUUCUCCAUUCACUUGUUUUCUCUCAUGGGUUGUUAACUUAAACACCUUUUUGCCAUUCUCCCCUGAUGGACACAAGAAUGCCAUCGGUCCCCAUACCCCACCCCUUGUUUCUUCACCUUGUUUUGUUCUUUUGCUAAAACUUUGUUGUGUUCUUUGUUUGUCACUUCCUCAUGCUGCAUGGGUUUGGAAGCCUUGAAGACAGCAUCACUGUGAUGCCUGUCUUUUCCAGGACACUUGCUUCUGCCGCCAUUAUGUUGAUGAUAGUGUGGCAUCGUAGAUUCCACUUGGCAACUUUUUGGUGGCUGUUGUGUUGAUUGUGUGUGCAUGUGUGUGUAGAUAGUGUACAUAAU